GAGCAAUUGUACUUUAUGGUGACUGGAAUUCCCUCACUUUUUCUUUGCAGUGGAGAGAGCGGUGCAGGGAAAACGGAGAGUACGAAGCUACUGUUGCAGCACAUAAUGAACCUAUGCAAAGGCAACUCGCAGCUGGAGCAGCAGAUCCUGCAGGUAAACCCAUUGCUUGAAGCUUUUGGCAAUGCCCAGACUGUGAUGAAUGACAACAGUAGCCGCUUUGGAAAAUACAUACAGCUGCGUUUCCAGAAUAAUACAGUGCGAGGUGCCAAGCUGAGUGAGUACCUGUUGGAGAAGUCGCGAGUGGUCCAACAAGAUACUGGCGAGAGGAAUUUUCAUAUCUUCUACUACAUGUUUGCUGGACUGUCUUCAGAGCAAAAGGAGAUGUAUGGGUUAUUGGAUCCUUCACUCUACAGGUACAUAAGCAAAUGGUUUGGUACAGAGGAUGUAGCUCAGCGCUGGAAGCAGAAAUACCAGGAGGUGUGCAAUGCCUUUGACAUGGUGGGCUUCCAAGAGCAGGAACAAGUGGAUAUGCAGGCAAUCCUGGCUGGUGUGUUGUCACUGGGCAAUGUGACCUUUGAUCCUCAGGAGAGCAAUGGGUCCCUAAAAGUGAGUGAAAGCUCACAGGGGUGGCUGAAGAUUGCAGCGGGUCAGUUUGGAGUGCAGGAGGAUGAAUUGUUGAAAUGCCUGGUUUGCACAAUGUCAGUGACCCGGGGAGAGCAGAUUCAGCGUUUUCACACCCAGCAGCAGGCAGAAGAUGCUCGGGACUCCAUUGCCAAGGUGGCAUAUGGCCGAGUAUUUGGCUGGAUUGUAUGCAAGAUCAAUGAGCUGCUGGCUGAGAAUGUGGAUCCUGAAGUAGAGCUGAGGGAGAUAGGUAUCUUGGAUAUUUUUGGGUUUGAAAACUUUGCAGUGAACCAUUUUGAACAGCUCUGCAUAAAUUUGGCCAAUGAGCAGCUUCAGCAUUUCUUCAACCAUCACAUUUUCCAGAUGGAGCAGGAUGCCUAUAGGGCAGAAGAGCUGCCCUGGGAAACUAUCACCUUCCGCAACAAUGAACCUGUUCUGAAUCUGCUCCUGGCCAAGCCACUUGGGCUGCUGUCUCUUCUGGAUGAACAGAGUGCAUUCCCUCAGGCAACUGACAAGACUUUUGUGGAUAAACUAAACAGCAGUUUUAAAGGGAAUGUAUACUUCCAGCCAGGCCGAGGACGUGUUUUGGGCUUCAGCAUAAUUCACUAUGCUGGGAAGGUACAAUACACUGCUGGUGGCUUUCUAGAAAAGAACAGAGACACGUUGCCAGCCAAUGUCCGUGGGCUCUUCAUCAACAGUGUCACCCCCUUGCUCAGCCUGCUGUUCACUGCCACUAUCUCCAGAACUGGGACACUGAUGCCUCAUAUGAAAACCAAGAUUGUACCAGGAGCAGACAAGUUCAACAGCACACGAAAGCAGUCUGCUGGAGCUCAGUUCCGGCAUUCCCUGAUGGUGCUCAUGGAGAGGAUGUAUUCUGCCAACCCACAUUUUGUGCGUUGUAUAAAGCCCAACAGCCAGAAGCAGCCAGGUGUUGUGGACAACCAGAUGUUCCUGCAGCAGCUCCGGUACAAUGGACUGCUGGAGACUAUCCGGAUCCGAAGAGAUGGUUUCUCUUGGAGACCAUCGUUUGAGGAAUUUGCUGAAAGAUAUGGAAUUCUUCUAGUUAAACCAGAUGUUUCCUUGACAAAAGGGAGCUGCUUGGAGAUACUGCAAAGUACAGACCUGACAGGCUGGAUAUGCGGAAAGUCACGACUUUUCUUUAAAUACUGGCACCAGGAUCAGCUGGCAAAAUAUGUGGAGCAACUGGAAAGAGCAGCAGUUGUUAUACAGAAAGGUGAGCACUGGAGCAGGACAGUCCCCUCAACUGUGUCUCAUAUCAAACCAAAUAAAAAUUUUUGUCCAGUCACUGGUCCAAUCUGACUGUCACCUGUUACAUGCUGUUCUCUGUUCUUGUCUCUCAGGAAGACGGGUGAGUAGUGUCCAUAGCGGAAUGAGAAGGGUGCUUCUUUCAAUUGGUGUUCUUUAGUACCUGGUAAAGUAGGCAAUAUAAUGAGAUGUCUCUAAUUCUCCUGGUAAAUCUCAUGAACUGACACUGAGGAAAUCCUAUCUCCUGAAUAGAAGAGCUUUGCUUUUAUUGAGCAGUGCUUGAAGGGUACCAAAUAAAUAGAUGGUUAAAAGUGGCUCUUCUGUGUGACUGUUUUUUGGCAUCUUACACUUUGGCAUUAGAGAUGAGAGCUUAGACUUGUAACU